AUGACCGCCCUUGUUGAACGCGUCACUGAUCUACUAAGUUCCAAUCUUAGCAUUUCCUCUCCGGAGGCGGCAACGACUAGAACUGCAGCGACGACUGAAUCCAUAGAGGCACCUGUAUCUGGCUCACAGCAACCUGACAUAGAGUAUCACCCAGACGAAGCGAAAUGGAAGGCCAGAACUGCCCGCCGCCUUGCGGAGGACCCUACGCUUCCUCAGCAAUCGCUUCCAGAAGGGUUCCCGAAGCACCUUGAUUCACCUUUGGUUUGGGAGGGAAAGGACUGGACUGAGGCUUCGCAGUGGGAGUAUACAUUAACUGCCGAACACUUGAAAGAAAUCGAUGAUGCUGUCAAGCAUUUCAGAGCAUUGGAUAAGCCUUUCGGUUACAUAUCCCCUGCCACAUUUCCCCUUCCAACUUUGGCCCCCGUUUUGUCCGAAUUAGCACACGAGCUUCACAAUGGGCGUGGUUUCUUUGUCCUUCGGACCAUUCCAGUGGAUUCGUACUCUCGAGAAGACAAUAUUCUCAUAUACGCGGGCAUUUCCUCCUAUGUUGGCGGUAAACGUGCUGUUCAGGAUGCUGGCAAUAUCGUCGUUGGCCACAUCAAGGAUUUGAGCGAUACAAACCCACUCAAAACCAUUGGCGCGCCUGCUUAUACCACCGACAAGCAAGUUUUCCACACUGACAUCGGUGACAUAAUAUCCCUCUUUGUCCUUGAAACCGCUGCUCAAGGAGGAACAUCGCGAAUAAGCAGUAGCUGGAGAGUUUAUAAUGAGCUCGCUGAGACUAGACCAGAUCUUAUCAGAACUCUGGCUGAGCCGUGGCCUUUUGAUACUUUCGGGGUAGGUGAUGGAUAUACAAAGCGGCCCUUGCUUUUCUAUCACGACUCCAAAAUUAUUAUUCAGUAUGCACGUCGUGUCUUUACUGGAUAUCUCGGCCUUCCGCGUUCACAAGGCAUCCCACCCAUCACUGAGGCGCAAGCAGAGGCACUGGAUGCCAUUCACUUCCUCGCCGAGAAGCAUUCACUCGGCCUCAGCUUCCAAAAAGGUGACAUACAAUACAUCAAUAAUCUCAGUAUCUUCCAUGGAAGGGAUGGAUAUGUUGAUGCACCAGACCGUCGUCGUCAUCUCCUUCGCCUGUGGCCCCGCAACGAAGAACUCGCAUGGAAGAUUCCAGACGAACUCCAGCAUGUCUGGAAGCGACUUUACGAAACUGCAACCCCAGACAACGAACAGUUCCCCCUGGAACCUGAAAUUCUUAAGAAAACGAAGGGAGGUGCAGUCCCCUUCGAGUUGUUCGUCCUUUCGUCAAUAUAA